GCAAUUAAUCUUUAUGUCAUGUUUAUACUGUGCAGAGUGUGGUGUAAUCUUAUAAAAAGACAGCAAAAUCAUCAUUCAUUUCCACCUCUCUGCUCUCUACUCUUUCUAACCUCUGGUAACUAAUAGUACUCUUUUUUUCUGUGUUAAUGGCUGAUAUCCAUUGUCAAACAAAACCAAAUAAUGCUACCAUGGGUUUGAAGCUGUUUGGCUUCAACAUUUCAGAAGUUGAGGAGUUGGAAUCGGGAAAAUCUCCAUCGUCUCCGGAAUCGGAGAUUUUUCAGGCCGAUGGCCGGAGAUAUGAGUGUCAGUACUGUUGCCGUGAGUUCGCCAACUCUCAAGCUUUAGGUGGUCAUCAGAACGCUCACAAGAAGGAAAGACAGCAGCUGAAGCGUGCCAAAUUGCAAGCAUCUGCUCGGAGCUUUCCUGAUUCUUUCAUCCGAAACCCGAUGGUAUCAGCGUUCAUGCCGCCGCCGCAUCUUUUUGCACCGCCUUCCGCGCCACCACAAUCGUUUCCUUGGGCUUACAUGCCACGCGCCGGCGCAGCGCCAUCUUUCCGCGCGCCGCAGCGUGGCUUCAUGAUUAAAUGCGGCAGCGAGGCAGCGCCGGAUGCAUAUGCCGGCUACGAGAGGGAAACUCCUGUGAGGGCCACGCUGUAUCGUGAAGUUCAGGCCCACGCCGGCGUUGUGCCGGAGUGGCUGAGAAGAGGUGAUGAUGGGCCACGUUUGGAAAAGGGCUUGGGCUUAGAUUUGCAUCUUAGUCUCGGGCCGGCCAAGCCAUGAUUUCGGUUCAGUUCCUUUGGGACAUGUAAUUACUCCAAUUUUCAAUCUUAAGAGGACAUUAUUUUUGGUUUUC